AAAUUCCCCAUCUCCAAAGGCUUCCUCUUCCCGACCGUUGCGCCCCAACUAUGGAGAAGCAGAAGUUCCUCGGAGCCAACUCGACGGCGCGGCGGCGCCCGCUCAGCUCCCUCUCCGGAAACAAGCCGAGCCCGGCGCUGCAAUCCCUGAUCUGCAAGGCCCACCCUCACGCCGACCCCGCCGCCCAAGCGACCACCGCCGAGGUAGACGCGGCGCUCGACCGCCUCCUCUUCGCCCGCACCGACCUCGUGGGUAUCGUUUCCCAGAUUGACGAAUUGAUCUCUGAAGCCUUAAAAUGCCAAAAUGUGUCCAAAAAAGCAACACGAGAGAUAGAAUCCUUCAAUGGCUUCUUAACAGACACUAAGGCUUCCUUCAAGCAAUGGUCUUCAAGACUGAAGCAAGCACUAGAGACCGGUCUGGUGAAAACCGAAGCUAUCCCAAAAAACACACCGGGAACUUGCUUAAAUACUGCUGCAAAAGGGAAUGACAAGUUGAUCAGCUGCAGUACCAAGCUACCUGAUACAGGUAGCUCAAAAAACACACCAGGAACAUGCUUAAAUAAUGCUGCAAAAGGGAAUGACAAGUUGAUCAGAGGCAGCAGCAAGCUACCUGAUACAUAUAGUUCACAAAACACACCAGGAACAUGCCUACAUACUGCUGUAAAAGGGAGUGGCAAGUUGAUCAGCGGCAGCAGCAAGCUACCUGAUACAGAUCCACUGGAGUCACCUUGCAGCAACUUUACUGAGGUCGACAUGAUUGUCUCACCUUCACCACUUGUCUCAUGGAACACUGGAUCUUGUAUAGUUGAGAGCGGAAAGCAGUUGUUUCUCUUGACACCACUGCCAAAAACAAAAGCAUGCUCGUCAAGGUGCCAAACAUCAAAAACCCAGAUGAAGACAGUUUCUAGCACUGACCAAUUGAACAAUCUUCUAAGGCCUGUUUCAAAGCUAACCAUUUCUGAUAAUAAUCAUCCUGAUCUAGAGCAAAGUGUGAAGGUAAAGGAAUCAUGGACUAGCACUACGACACCUCAUGUUGCUCUAGCAAACAAGGCCUCACUAGAAGACAAGCUCUGUUCGCCUCGUACUUUCUCAGUUCAGAAGAGCAGAACACUGCCUAGAUCAUGCCUGAAGACAGCAUUAUCUAGCAAGCAGCAGCUGUUCUCUCCAAUCCCGGAGGGAAGGAAGGAGGAAGACAUUGACAGCAAUGGUUCAAUUGGGGAUGACAAAUGCUCAUCUGAUAAAAUCUCAAAGGAUUUAGCAUCAAGAUAUGAUAUUUAUGGGCUUAAUCAAUCAAACAGACAAGUCGAAGAUCCUCUUCAGUGGUUUCUGUCACCACUGAAGACAAUGGUGUUAAUAGAUCCAUCAGAGGAUAAUCAACUUCCAACUCCAGCGAGGAGUAACAUGGGGGAAAGAUUGGAUAUUGCCGAUGACAAGCCCAUCCACACUCCUGCUGUGCAUAGCAAGGCCUUACUUGGUACCCCCUGGAAAGGCUUGGAGAGCACGAACCUGAAGGGAAGGUGUGCUGGAGAAACUACUCUUAAGAAAGAACUGUGGACUCGAUUUGAGGCGGCUUCAACCAAUGAGCUGCACUUUGAUAAGGUGCGCUUCCAGCAGACAGACGCAAAAUGUUUUCUGGACAUGCUUGAAGAAGAGGCGUCGUGAUUCUAGAAUGUACAGUAGGUCGGUUGGCACUUGGGUUAGUUUUUUUUUUUUGGUUGUAACAAGACGCCUAGGACUGGGACUGGGGGACUGCACACUGCGAUGUCUGAGUGCUUAAAGCCGAACUGAACUGCUCGAAUGCAACAGCAGAGUUGCCAAAUGUUAUUACGGCAGAGUGCCUUUGCCAUGGUCAGCCUGAGGUCUCGAAGUUUGUGCUGAAUGGCAUGAAGUGUUGCAACUACUACAGUAGUCCAUUGUGCUUAUAAAUCUAGGCUCUAAGAUAAAACUGAUUAUCCUUCUGCA